AUGAAAAAUUAUUCAGAUCUAUUCAUGAACUAAGCUAAAGGAGUAGCAGAAGAAGAUAAAAUAUUAGAAUUAUUGAAUUCAAUCUAAGAUCAAAUAUUUACAUAAAUCUCCAAUGAUGUGAAUCAUAAAUUAAUCAAAGAAUUACAAAAAACUGCCAAUCUAGCAUAAACUACCCAAUAGCCUGAAUUUCUCAGAGUCACUCCUAAUGUUGACUCUGAUUAUAUGCAUUCCCAUAUCAACUUUGCGAAGACCAUCUAAUAAAACCAACCUAUGGAUAGAUAAAAAUUUGAAUAAUUUGAGAAUAAGGAAGUAGUUAACUUUCCAAUUUACCAACAAAACUUCUUAGAUGUCAAUGCCAAUACAAAGUUCUACUAUCCCAAGACUCAACCCAAGGGUUUAAUUGAAACUCCUAAAUAAUAUGUAGAUUAAACUAAUGUUCAGAACUACCUUAUAAAUCAAACCAAAAUUUAUGAUUUCAACCAACCUGAAAUUAAACAAAUAUUUCCCAGAACUCUAGUCGACAAUAUGAUACCCACACACCCUGAACCUGAUUACAUAAAAUAAUAGGAAUCAAAAUUUAAUUUCUCCUCCUAAAUCAAUUAAAUGGGCGGUCUUAUCAACUCCAUAGGACCUAUGAAUCAGUCCUUAAAGCAAAACGAACAAAGAUAGUUCUUAAACACCCCCGAACAUUCCCUUUUAACAGGAGCUCUUUAGGAGAAGGUUAAUCAUGUUCCUCCUCCUUUUGUUCCAGUGCCUGCCCCACCACCUCCAGAUCCUUUUCUUACUAAUCCCCAAUAUCGACUUUAUGGAGUCCAAUAAGAGGCGCCUCAAUUUAAUGUGCAAAGUUACAUUCCCGAGAAAUCUUAAACCCAACCUAGUAAAUUUGCUGGAAAUUCCAAUAUUCAACAAGUUCCCAUAGAAAAACAAGAGCACCAUGAAAUUAGUAGGGUUCAAUCAAAAGUACAGGAUGAUCUAAAGCUUAACUUUUUGGAUAGAGCAAGGUAAGAGAGAAAAAGGAGAGAAGAAAAAUUGAUCUAGUGA